UGCUCCUUCCGUCUUCCCGGCGUGCCCUGCGCGGCGCCUGCGUGCUCAGUGACCUUUCCCGGUCUAGCGGAUUCUGUUGUGGCCUGCGGCCGUGGUCUUGCUGAGAUGCUUCAAAGCCUUAUUAAGAAUGUCUGGGUUCCCAUGAAACCCUACUAUACCCAGGUUUACCAGGAAAUUUGGAUGGGAAUGGGGUUGAUGAGCUACAUCGUUUAUAAAAUCAGGAGUGCUGAUAAAAGAAGUAAAGCUUUGAAAGCUUCCAGUGCUGCACCUGCCCAUGGCCAUCAUUAACUGCUCCCUGAGUCCACUCACGAUGAAUCCUGUCGGCUAAACUUAAGCAAGCUGUGUUAGAUGGGAACAUGGAACAUCGCUGUGCACUUACCUAAGUACCAUUACAAUGUGGCAUUAAUAAAUGUAUGUGAACAGCACAA